AUGGUGGGUGCCUUAGGGGGGAGGAUGUGCUGCCCGUCAGCGGUGUUUCGAGGAUCCUGCAGCCUGUAUCUGCUCCAGCAGCACAGUGGACACUCCCUGUGCACUGCCGCUCCCUUGACACGAGGGACAUCACUUGCAGGCCAUCGCUCAUCGCUGUGGCAAUGUGUGCAGCUUGCCCACACAAAUCAGCCCUGUGGAAGGGACAAAUGUGCUGGGUUGCGCACUCGCUGCAAUUGUGGUGGACCGGUUGUGUGGCUUGGCAUCGAUCCCGAUGCAUCUGGGGCGGUGGGAUGCUUGAUCCUGCCUGAGGCUGGUGCUUCCAUGGUCAGUGCCACAGUCGAAGUUUUUGACAUGCCCACAGAGCAAAUUGAAGUUGUGGCAAGAAAGCGCAAGAGGCGCCGCCUCGAUGCACAAGGGGUCACAGACCUUGUAAGAGAAUUGACUCACAGGCAUGCCACAAUACGUGCAGUGCUAGAAUCGCCAGCAGUGAGCCCGUUGAAUGGGAAAUUCAGCUGGCUUCAAGCGGGCUAUGCAUUUGGUAUUUGGCAUGGUGUCCUUUCGUCUGCUGGGAUCUUGGUUGAAGAUGUGAGUGCAAGGAGGUGGAAAAUGGACAUGGACUUGAACAAAAGGGACAAACGGGCAAGCAGGCAGCUAGCAGCACGGCUGUUUCCAUCACUGGCUGAUUCUCUGAAGAGAGCGAAGGACCAUGGCCGUGCAGAAGCUGUCCUAAUCGCGGCCUGGGGCGCAGGGUUCAGGCCUCAACCAGAUGUGAUGGAAGAAUUGUUCGGGAAAACUUCGGCUGAGGAAGAACAGGAAGGCAAUGAGAGGGAGCCAGAUUCGGAGAGCGUUGCAAAUAUAGCAAGGCAGUAA